AUGGCUUCCUACCUCAAAGAGAAGAUCACUGGUGCUCAAUCGGACGUCGACAGCGCUGAUGCCGACAAAUACUUUAUUCAAGUAACAUCAGGAACCUCAUUUGAAGAUUCAAAAGCCAAACAAGUCAUCAUUAAUGGCGCUCCCACACAGUUGAGCAAGAAUGCGAAAGUCGCUGUCCGGAUCAAGGAAUACCAAGGCCUGCCCGAGGGUUCACCAGCAACUUCUCCAUACUUUGACGACCAAGCACAUGCCCAUGAUACUUAUAGCAUAGCUGUUUCUUGGAUCCCCGAGGAAGAUAUCAAUGCAAACGACCUGGUCUGGGGUAUCGAACUCAUAAACCCGAUUCGCGAUCGCAUUCCUGGUCGUUUCAUCACCACUGCCUUCAACAUCGUCAAACGCUUUGUAGACGCGAGUCUGCAGUGCGACCCUGAUGCAGAUCAACCCUGGGUAAACGGACCCAUCCUCUGCUCAUCAGCCAUAACCUUCAGCAUUGGCUCCAAAGGCAGUUGCGAGCUUCCGGCUAUCCUCGCUGAAGGUGGUCUCUCAGACGACACUGCAGUACGCCAGGACCUCAGCGUCCCAACCGCAGAAACUCAACGCCGUAAACAUUUUCUAGACGAGCAAAAACGCAAGGACUUCAAGUUCGAAAAAGGACGCUGCUAUGCCUUUGACUUUCACAACGGCUACAUCGACUGGAAGAAUUACGCCCUGAAACUCCCUGGUUUCUCGUUUGGAGUGCUGAAAUAUAUCAAUGACCGUACGCAUACCGUGAGAUUUGUGCUCAAGAGCCGUAAAACCGGAAAAGUGUUUGUGGCGACGACGUUCCGAUUACUGUAUGGCGAGGAACUGGAAAAGGCA